AUGGGAUACCCUUUGUUAAGCGCCGCGUGGGGCUACAUAGGCGACAUUGCUACAUUCGACGAUGAUCCAGACGAGUGGUGGUGGGUGGCCAUCAGCUACAUCGCGGCGCAUCUCGAUGCCCAUCUCUAUGUUUUCAUGGGCGCUUGCCUGGCCACGGCACACCGACUCUGCACUGGCCGCCGCCUCUUCGUGCGUUACUCUGGGAAGACGUUGGUCAUAGUCGAUUGCACGGUCAACUACAAGCUGCUCCGCGCCUAUGUUUCCAAGUUGCGUGCGCUCGCAUUCCGCUUUACCACGUUUGGCGUUUUGGGCCAGAACGGCGAGGAUCAUUUCGUUCACGAGAUGACCCACAUGACCACGUCCGAUGUGAUCAUUUUCGCUGGCCGCGCCGACGGUCGCCUCGGGACGCUUGCCUCGAUGGAGGCCGCUAGCAUCAUGUCCUUGCAGCAGGCGCGUUUCAUAGCUGCGAACCCGAACACAGGUGUUGAGAUCGUGUCCGUCGGGCACAACCCGUGGAUGAAGCCCGGCCUCUUCCAGAAGUCUGUCACGUUGUCUUCUGAGCACAGGCCAGCAUUCUAUUCGCAGAAGUUGUUACGCAGUGAGUUUGGUGGACACGUUCCUGCAGACGUGAUGCAUGGGGUUGCCAUGCUCGUCAAGGGGGACUUGAGCGGUGCCAGCACGCGAGGCAACGAGGCUCCGUUCCAGGAUGUGCGGAUUGAAGACAUCCAGCGAAAGAUGAAGUCCCAAACGAUAGAUUUCGAUGAUGCUCAAGUAGUCAUUAGCGAAUUCGUCAAAGAGCACUCGACAGCGCUGGAUAUCGAUCCUGAGGAAUUCGACAUCACGCAGGUUCUCGACGACGACGUUGCAGUGCAUCUGACAGGCUCGCAGGUCCGCAAGGUCAGCAGCUCCAGCAGCUUCCGCGGACACGCUCCGCAAACGGCAUUUGCAGCAGCGAUACAGACGUGCUGCAAGGCGAUGAAGGUGAGCCCCGUCAAAUACUUCGCCCGGGAGCUGGGCCCCGUCAAGCUCUUCGCCCAGAAGGGCACCACCUUGCCUCAGCCUCCCCCUGCGGAGCAGCCGCAGCGCGAGGAUUCGAGGUCUUCGGGCAUGCUUAGCGAUGGGAGCACGACGGCUACGCUAAGCCAGGGUCCCGACCGGGCGGAGACGCUCAGUACCAGAGGACCCAGUCAUAAGAAGAAGAAGCCUGGCGUCUUCAAGUUCACCGCCUCGAACAUCAUGGCGGUGCUCCGCGGUCGCAACAUGGAGAAGAUCAUCGCGCAGAUGCAGCUGGGCCAGCAGAAGAGACUCGCGCUGGCCAGGCACAACAUGGGCGAUGUCGCAGGAAAGGCCUGGGGCCUGAUGAAGGCGUGCUACGAGGAGUGGGCCGACCUCGUGGCGAAGCUGGGCCAGGAGCGCGCCGCCCUGCGCGCGGAGCAGCUGGCCUCCUGCAUGGCCGAGGCGAAUGAGACGCAGCCCCUCGCGCUGCCGCAGCAGGCGGCGUGGCGGACGCAGGAGGAGUUCCGGCAGCGGAAGCGCCAGUGGAUGAUGCACUACAACGCGUUGCCGUUCUCGAUGCCUUACUCGGUCCACCGGUGCUUCGACUUGUGGAGGGAGAACGUGGAGACCAUUAGGGCCCAGACGGCCAUGAUCGACACCCAAACCUCCAUGGCGGGCAGCAUGAAGAGCCUGGCCUCGGUCAGUACGAUGCGCAGCGCCCAGAGCCUCGGCUCGCGCAUGUUCGGCCGGGCCGGUUCGAUGAAGCACAGCCCGGGGAAGACGUACAGCCCGGCGAAAAUAUACAGCCCGAGCAAGACCUACAGCCCGACCAAGGCCGGGAGUCGCAGCCCGGCCUGGGGCAGCUUCACCAGGAAGACUUCGAUGGCAGACCUCGCGGGCACCGGGGGCGUCGUGAUUGGCGAGCAGAGCGGGUCCAGGGCCCGCGUGAAGCAGGGCGCGGGCGGCAAGGACCUCAUCGCCGAGCUCGGCUACAUGGAGGGCAUCUACGAGACGCGCGUCGCCGCCGCGGAGAGGCUGCUCGCCUUCUACGUCCUCUUCCACGCGGCCGUGCGGCCCGUCUCGCGCCUGUGGGGCCUCAGCUUCGACAUGGACCGCAGCGAGUCCCGGCUCCGCGUCGCCUCGACGCCCGCGCCCGUGCCCUUUGUCGAGAGCAUGGACGCCCACGGCCCGGGGCACGACGGGGCGGUUCCCUCGGCCGACCCCGGGGACUCCCCGCGGGCCUCCCACGACGAAGCGGGCUCGUCCAAGGAUGCCCCCGGGGGAGGGGCCUCGGACGAGACGGCCGCGUCCGGGGAGGACCAGGCCGCGGACCGCGCGGGCGCGUCCGAGCCGGACGGGACCGAGAGCUCGGACGAGAGCUGCACACUGGGCAUCUGA